UCACAGACUGACUGCGACUAAAGUCCAAUGUUUCUGUUUGGGUCUGAUCAGACCUCCUCGACACGUGACGUUAACUUAGCCAACACACUCAUUAAGGCUUUAACGGAGAGAAGAACAAACUGACGAGUCUCUGGGUAUCUGGAGGAGACAAGCAUUUGAUAUGGAGGGUGAGAAGGGAGGAAAAGACCCUGACGCCAGGUGCACUGAAGAACUCAGGCUGGUCCUCGUCGGAAAGACCGGCUCCGGCAAGAGUGCUUCUGGAAACACCAUCCUGGGCCGGAGGGAGUUCCUGUCACAGAUCAGUGCGAGCUCUGUCACCCAGAUUUGCCAGCUUGGAAGCUCUGAGGUCGCAGAGGAAGAGGAUGCUGAGGAGGAAGGACAGACCGCCGCCCGGAGGAGGAUGAGGAGAGUCACGGUGGUCGACAUGCCAGGGUUUGGGGACACGCACCUGAGUGAGGAGCAGAUCCAUGCAGAGGUGGCCAAAUGUGUGUGUCUCUCUGCCCCCGGGCCACACGCUUUCCUCCUGGUGGUGCCGAUCGGUCGCUACACAGACAACGAGAACCAGGCUGCCUGCGAGUUGACCAACAUAUUUGGGGAGGAUGCAUUGCAUCACCACACCGUGGUUCUUUUUACCCGAGGUGACGAUCUGGAAGGUAUAGGGAUUGAGGAUUAUCUGUGGCAAACUGCACCUGCUGGGCUGAAGGCUUUGAUUGACAGGUGUGGGGGCAGGUACCAUGUGCUUAACAACAAAGACUCCAGUAACUCUGUGCAGGUGAAAGAACUCCUUAUGAAGGUGGACAAGAUGGCGAAGCAUUCUAGAGAAGAGUUUUACACCAAUGGCAUGUUUUUAGCAGCAGAGGCUGCCAUCAGGGAGGAGCAGAAAAGGAUGUUAAGUGAGCGAGGGCAGGCGGAGGGGGAGGAAGAAGCUAAACUUGCCAAGCGCAGAAAGCACAGCUUGGAGUCGAGAGCAGAUAGAGGAUCAGAGGCGCUCAGGAGGAGGGAGGUUGAGAGAGAUAAUGACGAGGCUUUCAGGGUGGAGAGGUGGACGGAGGAGAGCAGAGGCAACGCCUUCAGCUUCCUGAGGAACCAGUUCAGAGGCAGGCGCAGGGCGGCGAGCAGGCGGCAGUCCAUCCGCUCGUCCUUUACCCGCACGAGGAGGGAGGCCGCGCUGUCCGCCAAUGUGCUACAGAGAAUUAAGACCCUAGUUGCUGCUGGAGCCACAGGCAUGGCCGUGGGGGCAGUGUUCGGGGCAAUCGCCCCCUUAGCGGCCUCGGCCGGGGCAUCUCUGGUUGGGAACUCGGUUGGUUUCGCUGCGAGUCAGUUCGCUGGCAUGUCUGUGGCGGGAGGCACAGGUGUGGGGAAAGCUGUGGGGGCGAUCGUGGCGGCUGCUUCGGGGAAAACCGCAGUGGCUCUGGGGGCGGCAACGGGUGGAGUUUUGGGCGGAUCUGUCGGAGCCAUUGUUGGUGCUGAUGCUGUAAAUCCUAGGGAGGGUGCUCUGGAUGCCCUGGGGCAGGUUAGUCUCAUUGGGGCCUCUGCAGUGGGAGUGGCCGCAGGUGUGGGAGGCACCAUGGGAGCCGGGGCUGCUUUCAGCGCAGCCAUGGAGGGAGCGGCCUUCAGCACGGCAGCCCUUGGCGGAGCUGAAACUGCCUCAGCCCAGAGCAGUUUAUCCUCGGUUGCAGUGCAGCACGCCUCGGCCGGAGCCCUAGCUCAGGAGAUGACUGCCAAUGUCCCACUGGCUGCUGGGUCUCCCGCUGUUUUGUGUGGCCUAACGGGGCCAUGUGUGGCAUCGGUGGCCAGCAGGGCGGUGUCAGAUCGAUGGGGCCGCAUGGCGGUAUCGUCACGCAUCCUGACUGCAGUUGCUGAGAUAGGAAAGGCUGCAGCAGGCAUUGCUCUGGCUGGUGGUCUGGUGGUGAAGGUGGUAAAGGAAAGAAUAGGAUGUGGCACAGGAACAACAGAAGCCAGUUACUCAGAAAAGAAGUCGUAUGAGGUCUACUGGAACAAAUGAAUGAGGUAAACCCCAGCCAUCACACAAGGAUGAGAUCAUCAUUGAUAUUUUGGUCCCCGGCCUUCUAAUAAAGUAUUAGACUGCACACUCGGUAGCAUGCCCUUCCACAGAGAUGCAAACCCCCUCAAAUAUUCAAUCCCAAUUUGCAAUUGCCGUAUAUUUGUUUGAAGUGUUUGAGGCUGAUGAAUGGCUUCAGGGACAUUUACAAUGUUAGGUGGGCUGACUAAUCUGAAUCCAUUUUUAUGUGGUUGUUAUUCAUCUCACGGCUCGUUGGUUUUGAACACGACCCGUCUUUACACCCACUAGACAAAUAAAAUGACUUGUGGAAACUAGGCUGACGAAAAUGUCGGUCACAGAGUUCAGCUGUGUGAGUUCAGUCUAACGAAUGAUUCCAUGAAGCUUUACAAUUUGACCCUUUGUCCUUCCUAAAACAGGAUCACUCAAAUAUGUGUCGUACUCAUUGCUGUUUUUUGUGAAUGAACAAAGCGUCUGACCUACUCUAUCUAUCCUGCAGUGUUUGUACUUACAGAUGACAGUGGUUGGUUGCCUUGCAGUGUUUCACAUCCUGUCAUAUUUUAAAUAUUAACUAAACCAGAUUUCAACCAAUACUGUCAAUAUACUCAAUGUAACAGUUCAGUGUUAACUUUUCUGCAGUGAAAAAAACAAUAAAAGUCAGUGUUUCUUCUUUCUUUG